AUGGCGCCACCCGUUGUUAACAAUGUGCUCGACGCUAUCGGCAAUACCCUUUGUGUACGUCUCAAGAAUGUCAUCCCCGAAGGAUGCGCAGAAGUAUAUCUCAAGCUCGAGUACUUCAACCCAACCGGGUCAUAUAAAGAUCGAAUGGCCAAGUCCAUCAUCGAAGAAGCUGAGAAGAGGGGCGGGCUCAGACCAGGCAUGACAGUGGUUGAAGCGAGCGGCGGUAGCACAGGUUCUUCACUGGCUCUUGUCUGUGCAGCUAAGGGAUACAACUGCCACAUUGUUACCUCAAAUGUCUUUGCUGUCGAGAAGCUUCGGACUAUGGGUGCUUUUGGGACACAUGUGGAAAUCAUACUUAGUCCGUCCGGCAAAAUCCACGCCGAUCUCAUUCCCUCUAUGAUCCGCCGGGUCAUCGAGCAUUCGCAAGAUCCUCAGAUGUAUUGGACUGAUCAGUUCAACAACCGAGACGCUUUCGAGGGAUACAAGGUCCUCGGUUCAGAGCUGGUUGACCAAUUCCCGAAUGGAGUGGAUGCUUUUUGCAGUGCUGUUGGAACUGCUGGUAUGGCAAUUGGAGUCUCUUCUGUACUGAAGGGUCAGUGGCCGGAAUGCCGAGUGGCCGUUCUCGAACCUGCAUCCUCUCCAUGCAUUUCCAGGGGAGAGGCCGGGACUCACCAUAUCGAGGGCAUUGGGAUCGGCAUUAUUCCGCCAUUGUUGGAUGAGAAACUGUAUGACCAUGCCUGGGCUAUUGAAGAGGAAGAAGCUAGGGCUAUGUGUCGACGACUUGCUAAGGAGGAAGGUCUAUUGCUGGGAACUUCGACGGGACUGAAUGUUGUUGGAGCUAUUCGGCUUGCGCAAGACCUGGGACCUGGCAAGAUUGUGGUUACAGUUGCAUGUGACACUGGGCUCAAGUACAUGAAUGGCCACUUGUUUACGGCUUCAUGA